AUGGCUUUGAAAGUCCUCAUUUGUGGAGGAGGUGUCGCUGGUCCAACCUUGGCCUACUGGCUCGCCCGAAUUGGUCACCAAGUUGUUAUUGUCGAACGUUUCCCAGUGCUGCGAGCUACAGGUGCCCAGAUCGAUCUCCGCGGACAAGGCAUUGAGGCUGUCAAACGCAUGGGUCUCAUCGACGCCGUUCGCAAAAAGCUCGUUGACGAAAAAGGCGUCUCCCUCGUUGACGCUAAGGGCAAUGUCAAGGCAACCAUCCUUGCCAACAAGUCUGGAAAAGGCGCACAGUCUCUGACAUCCGAGUACGAGAUCAUGCGUGGGGAUCUCGUGCGCAUACUCUACGACGCAACAAAAGACAAGGUGAAAUAUAUCUUCGGGAAAACGGUGGAUGGCUUCACGGAAAAUGACCGAGGGGUAGUAGCCUACUUUUCAGAUGGCUCUUCGGACACAUUCGAUCUAUUUGUUGGAGCAGACGGGCAGGGCUCGCACAUUCGAAGGCACAUUCUACCCCCUGGUGUUCCGGAUAAAUAUCACCAGCUCGGAGUACACCUGGCCUACUGGUUUGUCCCACGGAUUGAGACCGACGGCAAUAUGUGCACGUCAUACCUCAUCCCAGGCGGCCGAAUGAUAAUGUCCAGAAGCCAUAAUAAAACCGAAACCCAGGUCUACUUCAUGAUUAGAUCCGACUCUGAGGAACUACGAACUAUCCCGAAGGCUUCAGUUGGGCAGCAAAAGCAUUUUUGGGCCCAAAGUUUUCGCGAUUCAGGGUGGCAGGCCGAUCGCUUUAUUGAAGGGAUGCAUACUACAGAGAACUGGUUUUGUCAGAAUGUCGUCCAAAUCAGGACAGAUACCUGGCACUCCGGUCGGGUCGUCCUUCUCGGUGAUGCGGCACACCGCCCUUCUCCCUUGAGUGGCAUGGGGACAAGCAGUAGUCUGGUUGGGGCAUAUGUCCUGGCUGGAGAGCUUGCUCGCAGUAAAGAUCUACCCCAAGCAUUCCAAAAUUACUCCCAGAUGAUGCGACCAUUUAUCAACCAGGUUCAACAGCUCAAUAUUGGGUGGAUCCGAUGGGCAGUCCCCAACUCGCAGUGGGAAAUUUCGCUUGUUCAUCUCGUUGUAGAACUGGCUUGUUUCCUUCGCAUACCGCAGCUGAUAUCACGGUUUUCAGGCGAUGGGUAUGGAGAUUGGAAACUCCCCAAUUACCCGGAACUGGAAGUUGAUCGGGAAGAAAUUCAAUGA